UGCGGAAGAGCGAGUUGGAGCUCCUCACUUCCUCGUGCUGCCUGUCACUCACGGUCCGGGGCUCGACCGCGACCUCUCGGUGCCACCUGAAGGCCGACGGCAGGGCCUCUUCGCCGGCAGGAGCAGCAGCAGGGGGAGGGGGGCAUGGACGUUUCAUAACGCUUCAUAACCUUCGUUCUUCACACGGAGGGACAACUCGUGCUCGCGUGCGGCGGAAGCAUACCUGUGCGGACUUGCCCCCACCUCCCGUAGGAAGGAGUCGAGAAGGGGGGGUUGAGGAGGAGACACGGCUUACCUGGCUCUUUAGGCUCUUUAGGUGCUCUCUCUCUCUCUCUCUCUCUCUCUCUCUCUCUCUCUCUUUCUCCCCCGUUCUUUCUCUUUCUCUCUGCUAGCGGAGGAAUCUGAAAACUGAAACAUGUCGGCAAAUGAGAGAGCCACGCGAGCACUGCGCGAGAUCCUCCAAAACCCUGGAAAUGACGCGUGUGCAGACUGCGGCGCACCUGACCCCAUGUGGGGCUCCUGCUCCCUGGGCGUCUUCAUCUGCUUGGCCUGCUCCGGGAUCCACCGCAACCUCCCCGACAUCAGCAAGGUCAAGUCCCUGAGCCUGUCCCACUGGGAAGACCAGGAGGUGCAGUUCAUGACUCAGCAUGGCAACGAGCUGAUGAGGAGCAAAUAUGAGGCUGCUGUUCCGGUCUACUACUACAAACCCACCCACAAAGACUGCCAGACCUUGAAGGAGCAGUGGAUUAGAGCAAAGUACGAGAGGAAGGAGUUCUCCGAGCCUGGCAAGAACUUCACGUAUGAGGAAGGAACUAGAGAUGGCAUGUUGAUGAAAAGGGGGCGGGACAACGGGCAGUUCCUCAGCAGGCGAUUCGUCCUCUCGGAGCGGGAGGGGACCCUGAAGUAUUUCACCAAAUAUGACGCUAAGGAGCCCAAAGCGGUCAUCAAGGUGGACACCAUCAACGCCACCUUCCAGCCGGAGAAGAUCGGGAACCCCAACAGCCUCCAGAUCACCUUCCUCAAAGACUACAGCACGCGCAACAUCUUCGUGUUCCACGACAACGGCAAGGAGAUCGUCGACUGGUUCAAUACGAUUCGUGCAGUUCAGCUUCACUAUUUAAAGGUGGCCUUUCCUGGGGCCACCGACGCUGAGCUGGUACCCAAACUUACACGGAACUUUCUGAAGGAGGGUUACAUGGAGAAGACGGGUCCUCGGCAGACGGAAGGCUUCAAGAAACGCUGGUUCACUCUGGACCAGAGGCGGCUCAUGUACUUCAAGGUCCCGCUGGACGCCUUUGCCAAAGGAGAGGCGUUCCUGGGGAACAAGGACCACGGUUACAGCGCCUCCCCCGGCCUGCCCGCCGGCACCCACUGCAACGGCAACUGGCAACACGGCAUCACCAUCAAAACGCCCGAGCGCAGCUUCCUGUUUACCUGCGAGACGGAGAGCGACCAGCAGGAUUGGCUGAAACACUUCAAUGAUGUCAUGAAUGCUGUGAUGUCCCCUCAGGACUACACGAUGGAAGCCUUGUUCAGGCACCGGCAUUGAUGGACCAGAGGCCUGCGGGACCGCCUCCUCUCCUCUCAGCCAAUCACCAGUCUGACACAGGACCCUCAGCAGCUCUGCCACCCAGCAUGCCAUUGCACCAGAAUCUGACCUUCAUCACUAAUCUACUCAGACCGGAGCUCGUCCCAAGUCCCAAUGCUGCUUUUUGGCAAUUUGGUUGGAUAGCAAACAAGAGGUUUUUAAAAACAUUGCCGAUAACACUAAAAUAUCUAGAAACGCAUAAAUGUGCAGUGAUAAUCAUACGAUUUUUAUUUGAUUUUGUUUCGGGGACAGCUUUGAUUUGUUUUACUGUCGUGUAGAAACAGUCCUGUUAGCCAGUGGAUUGAUUUUUUUUUAUCAUGGUAAAAUAUUGCAGUUGGCAGUUUCUCGAUUUUAUAAGAUAAUCAGUGUGAGACAUAACUCGGUCCUCUUGUAUUAAGUUGUGUCAGAUGAUUGAGAAACACUGAUAAGUUUCAGAGAGUGAAACGGGACAGAAAAGCAGUAAAUCCUAUUAAAAACUAUUCAUCGGUUGUUUUAUGUAAACUUUGUAACUACUCUCUAAAAUAUAUAUAUAUAUUAUUUUUCUUCAGUCAAAUGAUGAUUAAUAAGUAUUAUCUUGAGACAUGCGAGUGAUGAUAAAGAAGGUUCACUUAUCCAGCAGCAGGAAGCACUGCAAGCCGUUACACAGUCUCACAGCGCCUCCAUGUGGCAUACAGUAUAUACACUCAGUCUUUGUUAAAACAGACCAUAAUACAGAGUAAAAAGUUACUUUUUACCGUCGUAAACAUAAUUGCUACAUUUCUGCGUUAUUUUACUGUUUUCCUUUUCUGUUCCUUUUGUUUUUAAGGCAUUUCUAUACUUGGCUGACUGAUCACUAAUAAAAAUAUUUCCUCUG